ACGACGAGAAGUGAAUUUACAGACGAUUUAAGAGAGAGAAAGAGAGAGUUUAGAGAGAGAAAGCAAUGGAAAGGUAUGAGAUAGAGAAGGAUAUUGGGUCUGGGAAUUUUGGGGUUGCGAAGCUGGUGAAGGACAAAUGGAGUGGCGAGCGCUUUGCCAUCAAGUUUAUUGAGAGAGGCCAGAAGAUUGAUGAGCAUGUACAGAGGGAGAUUAUGAACCACAGGUCCUUGAAGCAUCCAAAUAUAAUAAGAUUUAAAGAGGUGUUGUUGACACCAAACGAUUUAGCAAUUGUGAUGGAAUAUGCAGCUGGAGGUGAACUUUUCGAAAGAAUAUGCAAUGCUGGUCGAUUCAGUGAGGACGAAGCAAGAUAUUUCUUUCAACAGCUCAUAUCAGGAGUCAGCUAUUGUCAUUCAAUGCAAAUUUGCCACAGAGAUCUUAAAUUGGAGAACACUCUUCUGGAUGGAAGCUCAGCCCCGCGUCUCAAAAUUUGCGACUUUGGUUAUUCCAAGUCAUCUGUGUUGCAUUCCCAACCGAAAUCAACUGUUGGAACACCGGCAUACAUUGCACCGGAAGUCCUGUCAAGAAAAGGGUAUGAUGGCAAGAUUGCGGAUGUUUGGUCAUGUGGGGUUACCUUGUAUGUCAUGCUUGUUGGUGCUUAUCCCUUUGAAGAUCCAGAAGAUCCAAGAAAUUUCAGAAAAACACUUCAGAGGAUUCUUAGUGUCCACUAUUCAAUUCCGGCCUAUGUACGUGUUUCCAUGGAGUGCAGACAUCUGCUUUCUCGAAUCUUCGUUGCUAACCCAGAAAAGAGAAUAACUAUCCCGGAAAUAAAGCAGCAUCCGUGGUUUCUAAAAAACAUCCCAGUAGAAUUCAUGGAAGAAAUUGGCCUCCCAAACAAUGACCACAAUUAUGAAUCAUCAUCCCAAAGCAAUGAAGAAAUAUUGGCAAUAAUUCAAGAAGCUAGAAAACCUGCUGUGAACGGCACCAAAUAUGGGGGACAUUUACUUGGGAGCAUGGAUCUUGAUGAGAUAGACGACGCUGAAAUAGAUGAUAUAGAGACAAGUGGUGAUUUUGUUUGUGCGUUAUGAGUUUGAGUUUAUAUCGAGAUUUUCCAUUAUGUCCGAUGUAUCCUUUACACGAGCAUAGUGGGAUUUUCGGUUCAAAUCAUAUAUACAACUUUUUGCACUCUGUAGCUGCAGGGAGGCCAAAUGCCAUUUCCAGAAAGUGGUUGGAGUUGGAGAUAAGGCCUUUUUUUCAUGUGGUGUAUUGGGGAAUCAAACUGUCUCUUUAAAGAUUGAUGUUUAUUUUCCCUUGCUUGGAGUUUGCUGUCUAGGUCAAUGGUGUGAAAUGGCAUUUCCAUUGUGGGGGGACCUUAUGGCCGUUGCUUCUUAGGUUUGUAAUUUGCAAAUUCUCAUAAUGCUCUUCUGCUUUUUAUAUAUGGAAUCAUAGCUGGAUUAAGACAA